GAGGGAGGGAGGGAAGGAAAGGAAGAAAAAAGACUUCUAACCACUCCAUUAUAGGGUUUGAUGAGAGGUUUCAGACCCUGCCCUAAGACCCUCAAAGUGAGUACAGAACACUACAGCUCCCAGAGGGCUAAAGGAAGACAUGGGGCAGAUGGAUAAGGGUGACUGGGAAGGCUCUGGCCCAAGGCUUUGGCUCAAAAGGUUCUGACCUCCUGUCCUGUCCUCCUUGAAGGCCAAGAUGGAUUGCCUGCCUACUGUCAGCUCUUUAUUUUAAUCUCGGGGGCGGGGGGAAGGUGGGGUUCUGGGAGCUUGCCCCCUCCCUCCAAGCUCUCAGGCCCAUCCUCCCUCCAAGUACUGGCUGAACAAAUCCUAAUCCACCAGCAUCUCAGCCCCAGCAGCCAGGAGACCAGGCUGCUUCCACCUCCCCAGCUGGCAGCGACUGCCCACCAGGGCCCACACUCCGUCACCCAUGGGGAACAGCAAAAGCGGGGCCCUGUCCAAGGAGAUCCUGGAGGAGCUGCAGCUAAACACCAGGUUCACGCAGGAGGAGCUCUGUGCCUGGUACCAGUCUUUCCUGAAGGAGUGCCCCACGGGCCGCAUCACCCAGCAGGAGUUCGCCGGCAUCUAUGCCAAAUUCUUCCCAGACUCCGACCCCAAGGCGUACGCCCAGCAUGUCUUUCGCAGCUUCGAUGCCAAUAGUGAUGGCACCCUGGACUUCAAGGAGUAUGUGGUGGCCCUGCACAUGACCUCGGCAGGCAAGACCACUCAGAAGCUGGAGUGGGCUUUCUCCCUCUAUGAUGUCGAUGGCAAUGGGACCAUCAGCAAAAACGAGGUGCUAGAGAUUGUCAUGGCCAUUUUCAAAAUGAUCAACCCUGAGGACUUGAAGCAUCUCCCUGAUGAUGAGAACACCCCAGAGAAACGAGCCGAGAAGAUCUGGGCAUUCUUUGGGAAGAAGGAGGAUGAUAAACUUACAGAGGAGGAGUUCAUCGAGGGGACCCUGGCCAAUAAAGAAAUUCUGCGACUGAUUCAAUUUGAACCUCAAAAAGUGAAGGAAAGGAUAAAGGAAAAGAAACCCUGACGGCAACCUUUCAGCUGUCUCCCGUCCCCUACCGCUCAUAAGCACACUGGAACACGCAUGCUCACACACCUCCUGACUGAAAGCGAGGCCUCCACACUCACAGAGAGUUAAACCCACAGGCCCCAUCCUCCCUUAGUCUUAAGAGCACGUCUGUUAUACCCUCACCCCACCCACCAACCCAGGCCUCCUGAUAAUCCCAGGAUUAGGUCUUUGGAGUCCUAAAUGUCACCCCCAUGUAAGCUCCUUUCUGGAGUGCUGGGUAAGCAGGUUCCAAUAAAUGCAAGAGGAGCUGGCCUCACAGCUGGCUGGUUCUUGAAUUGAAAAUGGAAGCUAUUUGCACUGCCGUACAGGACCAGGGUUCUGAAGGUGGUGGUGAAGGAGGCAGAGGGAACUAGAAGCUUAGAAAAAGCCACUGCGGGAGGUGGGCGGUAGGGCAGCGGGUUAAGCACACGUGGCGCAAAGCGCAAGGACCCAAGUAAGGACCCCGGUUGGAGCCCCGGGCUCCCCACCUGCAGAGGAGUUGCUUCACAGGCAGUGAAGCAGGUCUGCAGGUGUCUAUGUUUCUCUCCCCCUCUCUGUCUUCCCCUCCUCUCUCCAUUUCUCUCUGUCCUAUACAACAAUGACGACAUCAAUAAUAAUUACAACAAUAAUAACUACAACAACAAAAAAAGACAAGGGCAAAAAAGGGAAAAUAAAAUAAUAAAAAUAAAAGAAGCCACUGCGUGAGACAGAGAUCACCAGACACAUGGGCAAGGCACUGAGGGAAGGUGUAACAGGGCAGAUUUUAAUGUGUCAAAGUCCCAACAACCAGACGUCCCACUUGUAUGUAGUGCACGUAGAGCUUAGCCAGACGAACACAGACACCAGGCUGCCCACUCCAUCUCCACAUCUGCCCUGGAUGGUCACACGAAUUGACCACGUGAGGCCAGAUAGGUUUGCACCUCAAUGCAGGCUCCUAAAAACAAAAAAAUCCUACAGGACUGUACCAACCAUACCGACAGUAUUUAUCACUGACAGUAAUUAAGUCUAUUAUGAAAGGAGAUUGCUAAGCAAGGCCAGAUUCCAGGCAGAGGCUGUGCCUCUUCCCUUUCCCCCUUUAUUUAUGUUCAGUGUCCUUUAACCUCAUCAUAUAUUAAAACAAAACAAAAAAACCUCUCAGUCAAAAGGAAAAAAAAAAUAGAUAAAUGGAACUUCAUCAAAUUUUUUAAAAUUUUUGUUACACUAUCAAGGGGCAUUAUCAAGAGAGUGGAAAGACAAUCUGAAGAAGGAGAGAAAAUAUUUUAAAUGCAUCUGAUGAGAGAUUAAUAUCCAGAAUAUAUUAAGAACUCCUACAGCCUAACAAUAAUAGAGCAAUCAGUUUGAACAAUAGGCAAAGGGCUUGAAUAAAUUUUUUUUCCAAAGAAGAUAUAAGUCCAUAAAAAAAGAUGUUCAACAUCUUUAAUAAUUAUGAGUAUGUAAAUUCAAACCAUAAUGAGCUCCCACCUCAUAUAUAUUAAGGUGGCCGUUAUAAAAUAACAGGAUAAUAUCAAGCGUUGGCAGACACAUGGAUAAAUAAGAGUGUGAAGGUAUUGGCGCUGGGAACACAAAUUGGGAGACAGCAUGGUGGUUCCUCAGUACUGUUAGACACAAUUACUAUAUGAUCCGGCAAUGCGAUUCUAAGGUAUAGACCCCAAAGAGUUGAAAGCAGGGAGUCCAAUGGACCUUUGUAUGCCAUAUUUACAAUGGGAUCAUUUGCCAUAGGUAGGAUGUGUGAGUAACAACUGGUGAGUGGAUGUUUUUAAUCCAGUAUACACACACAAUGGCAUGUCAUUCUGCCACAAAAAGCAAGGCAAAGCUGCCAUGCCAUUCACUCCUGGUAAUAUUGAGAGCAUCCUGCUGGGAAGAACAAGCCAGUCAUAAAAAGACAAGUGUUGCAUGAUUCUGCUUAACAGUGUACACUUAGAAUUGUCAAGAACUAUGAGCACAAAGUGAUGAAAAGGACAUCACUUACACAAUUUAAGAUCAUUCCAAUAUUUCUAGUAAUACCAACAUCCAGGAGGCUGGACAGUGGCACACCUCCUUAAGGACCCAGGUUCAGUCCCCAUUUGCAGGAAAGAAGCUUCACAAGCAGUGAUGCAGUACUGCUGCUGCUCUCUUUCUCUCUCUCUCUCUCUCUCUCUCUCUCUCUCUCCCUUCUCAAUUUCCCUCUGCCCUAUCACAUAAAAUUAUCUUUCGAAUAAAAAAUUUAAAAAAUAACAUAAAAUAAAUACCAACAUCCAGGUCUAUUCUAACCUAUUCAGUUGGAAUCUCUGGGCCAAGCCAAGCUAUCAAUACUUGUACAAAGUUCCCUGUGUAAUAAUGUGAAGACUGACAUCCACUAGCAGUAAGCAAAGUGAAUGAUCUAUAUAGAGUGACUGAGGAGAGGAGAGAGACACCUGCCUUCUGUCCUUUCUGACUCUACCACUCUGACCACUCCUCUUGGUCCCUGGGACAAUUGGGCCACCAUAUCUGUAGGCUAAAUGUCACAGACUGUUUCUGCUUAUAACUAGGAUAAUGCAUGGGUUUCUCCAAGGACCUGAGAGACAGCCAGCUUCAAGGAGAAAUCCAUGUGGAAAGAAAAUGGGCAAAAUAUAGGUCAAAGGAAAUAAAUUUGUUACAUUAACCAUAAGCAGGACCACAGCAGGCAGUGUGUAAGGGACAAAAGACAGUUUACAAAUGCUUUUGGUAGGGUCUUGAAUAAUGGACCACAGAUAUUGAUUUGAUUAUUUUUUUCUGGGAGACAUUUCGGUCUAGACUUAUUUGGUCAAUGUGUCCUGGGCACCUGGUUUGAUCCAACUCUGCUGAUUAUAUUAUAAAAAUAUGAAGUGCCCCCACUUCCUAGGUAUGGAACUGAGGACUGGGAGCCAUCACUCUAGUAGAGUGAGCCAAUGCACAAAGACCUAAGUUUGAGCCCCUAGUAGUACCACACGGAGCACCAGGAACAGUACCAUGAGGAAGGUCUGUGACUGGUGGAGCAGUGCUAUCUUGAGUCUCGUCUCUCUUUUUUACUCUCUCUCUCUCUCUCUCUCUCUCUCUCUUUCUCUCUCUGUAUACCUAAAAUUAAAAGGGGAAAAAGAAGUCUUCUAGGAGCAGUGUAAUUUGUGUGUGUGUGAAAGGUUCAGCUAGGGUGAGUGGGUAGUGGCACAAUUGGUUAAGUGCAUGUGUUACUAAACAAAAGGACUAGAGUUCGAGCCCUAGCUCCCCACCUGUAGGGCGUCUGCUUCAUAAACGGUGAAGAUGGUCUGUGGGUGUUCAUCUUUCUCUGUCCCUCUCUAUCUCCCCAUCUUCAAUUUCUCUCUGUCCUGUCUAAUAAAAAAAAAUUAAGGAAAUAAUGGCCACCAGGAGUGGUGGAUUCAUAGUGCUGGCACCAAGCCCCAGCAAUAACCCUGAUGGCAAUAAAAAAUAAAAUUAAAAGGUUCUGCUAGAAGGGAGGGAAGGAGAGAGGGAGGAAUGAGGGGAUAACAAAUAAAAGGUAGGUAAAAUUGCAGAAAAGUGAGGAAGGUCAUAGGUUUUAAUUAUUGAGCAGUGGAUAACCUGGACAUCAAAUAAAGAAAGCUUCCCUUGUUCUGUACCUGCCCAGCACCCUGGCUUUUCUGUUAUACCAAAACAAAGCAAAACAAACAAACAAACAAACAAAACCCAGUAGCCAAGAUAAGCAAAAUUCUAAUGCAUUUGUUUAAAAUUAAAAUUUAGCAUCAGAAAACAUUGUAGGGAACAAAACAUCAACAUUUGAAACAAGUCAGGCUCCAGGUCAGCAUAGGCAUGUUGUACUGGUCUCUCUUGCUUCACUCUCAUCCGGGUCUCAUAAAACAGUAUUUCUGGCAUCCAAGGAGGUGGCAAAGUGAAUAGAGGAUUGGACUUGGAAACAUGAGGUCCCAAGUUCAAUUUCUGGCAUCUCUGGUUCUCUCUUAUUCCACUCUCAUAAAUAAAUAAAAAAUAAUUUUAAAUUAAAUGAUUAUUAAAGGAAAAUUUUAAUGAAUGGCACAUGGCCUGUAACAUAUAUUUGAUUUAAAAAAAAAAGUAUUGCACAAAGAUAUUAUUGAUCUUGACAGCUGAGGUUUUUUUUAAAAAAAAAGCCUCAAAUUCAGUGACAAAAGCAGACAUUCACUUUCCUCAUCCUAGACUUGGCUCUGUACUAAAAUAUGCUGGGAACAGGAUUGCCAGGUAACACACAGGAUGCCCAACUCAAUUUUGAUUUCAGAUAAAGUAUAUGUCAUGGCAUAUAUGUGUACAAGAAGAUUAUCUGCUUCUCUGAAAGUCAAAUGUCACUGAGCUUCAUAUAUUUUUAACUGUUAUCUCUGGCAGCUCUACUUUAGAAGUUCUCAUAUUCCAUCACCCCCUCAUAUAUGAGAUGGUCUUUGGGAGGCCAGGUGGUGGUGCAUCUGAUUGAACGCAUGGUUACAAUCUACAAGGACCUGGGUUCAAGCCCCCAGUCUCCACCUGCAGGAGGGAAGCUUCAUAAGUGUUGAAGCAGUGUUGCUGGUAUCUCUAUCUCUCUCUUUCUUUCUCUCCCUCUCUCUUCCUCUCUCUCUCCCUCUCCCUCUAUCUCAAUCUCUACCACCACCUCCCUCUUGAUUUUUCUGUCUCUAUCCAAAAAAAUAAAUAAAUAAAAACAUUUUUUCAA